CUUCCCCGUAUCAUUAGCAAUCUAACUAUACUUUGAAAUGAUCAGAAAACAAGCCCGUGAAAGAAAGGAGUACCUUUACCGCAAGGCCUUGGAGUUGCAAGAGUCUUCGCUCCAGCAAAAGCGUUCGCAGUUGAAGGCCGCGUUGGCCAGUGGGAAGCCAUUGCCAAAGGAAAUUGCCGACGACGACCAGCUCAAGACGGACUACAUCUUCGAUGAGUCUAUCCAGGAAGCCGUGGACGAUGAGUACGCCCAUAUGAGUGGGAUCGCCGACCCAAAGAUCGUGGUCACCACCUCCAGAGACCCGUCCACCAGAUUGUCACAGUUUGCCAAGGAAAUCAAGUUGUUGUUUCCCACCGCAGUGCGGUUGAACAGAGGUAACUACGUCAUGCCAUCCUUGGUCAACGCCUGCCAAGCCUCUGGCACCACCGAUUUGGUCAUUUUGCACGAGCACAGAGGUGUGCCAACCACCUUGACCGUCAGCCACUUCCCGCACGGGCCUACCGCCUUCUUCACCCUUCACAAUGUGGUUCUAAGACAUGAUAUUGAAAACUCGGGCAACCAGUCCGAGGCACACCCGCACUUGAUCUUUGAGAAUUUCAACACCACCUUGGGGAAGAGAGUCGUUACCAUAUUGAAGCACAUGUUCCCACCGGGCGUCAAAAAGGACAGCCCUAGAGUCAUAACUUUCAGCAACGACGGCGACUUUAUCAGUGUCAGACAACACGUGUAUGUGAAGACCAGAGACGGUGUGGAGGUGGCCGAGGUCGGCCCGAGAUUCGAAAUGAGAUUGUUUGAGUUGAGGUUGGGGACACUUGAGAACAAGGAGGCUGACGUCGAGUGGCAGUUGAGGAGGUUUGUCAGAACCGCCAACAGAAAGGACUACUUGGGUUGAGCCUCAUGGAGUUAAACUCGAGAGGUUGUACAUUAGCUAUUUUCAAUAGAAAUUAAAGUGGAAUUUUUUUUUUGCACGGAUAUGGAUUUAUAGAUGGUAAUUCCUUGCCGGUAUGCCUGAAUAGCCUUGGGUUAUAUAUUUCAAUAACGAAUAUCUCAUGAAUGG